AUGCCAAACGACGAUCUCAAGGCGCACGCCGCCUCAAACCAAGAUUUCUACGCUCUGCUAGACAUCCAACCAGCCGCUACCGAGACUGAAAUCCGUCGCGCAUACCGCCGCACCGCACUAAAAUACCACCCGGACAAGAUCCAAAACCCCACCGCAGCAGACAUCGACAAAUUCCAUUUCCUCCAGAUUGCCUACGAUGUCUUGUCCGACCAAUCAGUGCGCCAGCUCUAUGACAAUGCACGGGAAGCGCGAAUGCGCAAACAGCGCGAACGGGACAUGAUGGGAGCGGCGAAACGAAAGAUGCGCGAAGACCUAGAAGCGCGGGAGAGGGCCGGUGCUGCCGAAAUGACUGGCGCUGGUGUCAAGCAAGGUGUCAAGAGAUCAUGGGCGGCUGGUGGGGAUGAGGAUGCGGAAGAGAAGCUGCAGCGGGAGAUUGACAGGAUUGCGGAAGACGGGCGGCGGAGACGACGCGAGGCCGAGGAGAAGGCUAAAAAGGCGCUCGAUGAUGAGCAAAAGAAGAUUCAGCAGCAGGAAGAGGAGGCUCGGAAGGCGGCGGAUCGGAGUAGCCAGCGCGUGGACCGCUCGAAGGAGGGUGGCGCGCAGGUCCCUGAGCUCGAGCGUGCGGUGAAAGUGCGCUGGGUACGGGAGGGUCGUGGGCUGGAUCUUGAUAUUGAGAAGCUCGCGGUGCUGUUCAAGCCAUUCGGGAAGAUUGAGAAUACCAUUGCGCUCAAAGAUAAACGACAACGGAUCGGAGAGCGCAAGGAGAAGAAGACUGUUGCCACGGGCGUGGUGGUUUUCACGUCUAUUGUGAGCGCUCACGCUGCCGUUAUCGAUAGCGAGAAGAAAAUUCGUCAGCAUGCUGGUCAAGAUGGCGAAUGGGGCCUUAUCGAAUCUGUCUUCUGGGCCACCGGCAGCCAACCCGAUCUAGGUCCUGAUACAUCAUCCAAACCUGUCCAGGCUGAGCCCGCACCUGCACCACCAGGGCCCUCUGCCGACACUUCCGGCAGACCUACUAAACCGUCUUUCAACUUCCAGGGCUUGAAAACAGCCCCCCAAUCCGAUAAAGCGCCCUCGUUUGGCUCCUUUGCUUCUGCAUCUGCUGCUGCAGCUGCCCCAAGUGCAGCGUCAUUCAAUGCCUCCACUAAGGCUCCAACUGCGCCUAGUCUACAGGAAGUGAUGAUGAUGCGGCUGAAGAAUGCACAGCGUGAGAAGGAGCGCAAGGCCCUCGAAGAAGAGCUGAUACGGGAAGACGAGGCCGCAGACGCAGCAGAAGCAGCGGCAGCGAAAGGCACAUAG